CAGUUGAGAAACCUGCCAAGAGCAGGUCGUUGGUUGUUUCUGGGUUCGGCAAAUAGUUAGUCGAGCUCUGGCGUUUCCACGGCGCACAAAAUAGAAAAAUUAAACGAAAUUUUGUCGCAUUAGACGCUCAUCAAGUUGAAAUAUUGUUAAUGUUUCGUUUGUACGAGCUGUACUCGCUGUAUCUGAAGAAAAUGGCCAGCUACGGAACGUCGCCCACCUGGUGUCUCUGUGAGAAAUUGCCGCGCUCCAUUCUGCACAUAGCUCCGACUCCGGAGCUUUGGUGCGAGGUGUGCGGCAGGCGUCGACGUCCACGCGCCUGCAUCAGCUCGUCCAGCGAUGAGGAGGAGAAGGCGGCGAUGCGGCAGCAAAUGCUGGCGGAGCGCCGGCGCAACGAAGAGGCGCGCCAGGGCGCAGUGCGUGUCAAGGUGGCCAUGAGCGCCAAGAAGCCGCAGCCCAGGCGCAAGGCACAUUGCUUGAAAUGUGGCGGAGAGCCAAAGCCGCCAGUGGGUCAAGAGGGUGUACCACCGUCUCCACCACAGCAGCAGCAACAGCAGCCGCAGGUGAAGUCCAGAUGCAACAACAGCAACAAAAACAAUAAAUUAUACAUGGGACGCUUUGGCCAUUUUCGCAAGCCGCAGCGUUUGCAGCCUAAGCAGCGUAGGAGCGAGGAUGUUGCAGUCGAGGUAAAGCAGGUCGAAGCUGAUCCCGAGCUAACGGCACCGCCGCCGCCACCAUCGCCACCACCAUCGCCGCCGGCUUGUCCCGCCAAGGCCACUGAGUCGCUGUGGGAGCAGCCCACUGAGGAUAUGCCCAAUCUGGUGGCAUUUGCGCACGAGGUAUUCAAUCGGCCCUUGCAUCUGCGCAAGCGUCAGCCCAGCUUUUAUGAUAAUCUCUUUGUCAGCGAUUUUAUACCGCUGGACAAGCCGAUUACGGAUGCGGCCGGCGGCGCCAUAUCCAAGCGACGCAGAAUCUUUGGACGUCCUCUGCGCUCGCAUUGCAGCCGCCCACUGCCGCCACUAUCGCAAGUCCUGUCCGAAAUAUUGGCCAAGCAGAAGGUGCGUGCUAAGGGUGGCGGCCUGGCGCCCAAGGAGGAGAAGCCCAAUGGCAGCAAUGUCGCCACACAAUUCUCGCCGUUCGAAAUAUACGAGGGACCCUCGGAGGAUGCACUGGUUGUGGAUAGCGCACGGCUCAUGCUGCGCCAGCCCAAGGCGUUGCAUAUCAAGCAGCGCGUCGAUUUGCCGCCGACGCGGCUGCCUAGCUUCGAAUCGGAGCCAAGCAGCGACUGCUCCUCAUCGUCGCCCUUUGACGUGCCCACGGCGCCGCCGGCGGAGCGACAACGCCACAACUACAGCGUUGGCGCUCCUCUGCGACUGCACGAGAUGAUGAAGGCGGUGGCCCACUCAGGUCUGUCCGAUAGCAGCGCGUCCAGCAGCAGCACGAGCAGCAGCAGCCAUAAGAGCGUCAGCUCCACACUGCCCGUGCAUCAGCAGUCGGUACGCAGUCGCGGCGGAGAGGAGCCGCCCCACGCUGAGGAGAAGCCGGCCGCCGAGCCCGAAAUGCUGCCCAUUUCAAUUAUUGAGAAAAUCCUGUGGCUAAUGGAACAGAAACCACCUGCAGAGCCUGGGCCAACGACUCCCCUGACGGACGACGCCUUGCACCACAUGUCCCUUAUCGACAAGCAGGAGGAACAUAUCGAGAAUAGUCACAAGGAGUCCUUCAAGGGUCUGCUGCAGUUCAUGAAAAGCUUACAGAUCACCGAGACCAACGACAGCGACGAGACACGUUCAGAAAUCUUAAAGAACGAUGAUGAUGAAGAGUUCAAGCUUUUAGAUCUUCCCAUGACAACAACCGAAUUACACCAACCAAAUGACAUGUCAAACGAAUUGCCUUUAAAUUCUACAAAUAAAUCAGCAGGUGAUGAAAAGUAUCCGAACCAAGCUUACUCAACUGACAAUCGCAGAGCUAAGGUCGAACGGGGGGGUUUAGCGCCAAAGAAGGCGGGGCACACCAGCUCAAACGGCCGCAACUCAAUGUGGUCCAUGCUCGGUGGUUUCUUUGCUAUCGAACGAUGCAAUGAGCAUGAGGAAUCGAAGCCACUGAACGAUGUCAGAAAACUUCACUAUGGAGCCAUCAACUCCGAACAGACCUCCAAAGAACUGACUCGCAGCAAUCAGAGCUGUCAGAAAUGUGGCUUGAAUCGCAGAAAUAAAAAGAAAUUGAUGAAUGAGAGCAGACAGCGCAAGCCAAACAGUUGCAAUGGCGGGCAUAAGCCUGGCUGUGGGCAACUUUCAACAACAGACUCCAGUUCUCAGAUUGAACCAAAUGUUGAGCCCAAUCAAGUUUCUGCCCAAGAACUUGAGCCAAGUAUUAUUAUGGAUAGGCAAACAGUUGAGGAAGAGGAGCUCAACAUGGAAAUCGCUGUUGAAUCUGCUCAUAAGACGCAUUUAACAAAUGAUCCAGCUCCAUUUCCAACGCCCACACACUCCACAGUAACUGGUUCCACACUCUACGAAUCGUGUUAUGGCAUUUCAACGCCCGCAAACCUGCCCCAGACACCUGAGACCAGAAACCAAAUGCUGCGAAAACUGUUGCAUAAACUGCAGGAAAACGCGAGUCGGAGACAGCCAAGGCUAUAUCAUGUCGUAAAGACCAUGGCGACGAUUCAAUAUGCCAGCAGUGAGAUAAUCAAGCCCAAAAUGUUGGCAACCAGCACGCCGCGCACGGCUCAAAUGGAACAGUAUACUCUAAGUCCCACCACUGUCAAGACUCCUGCCGUGGGCAUCUACGAGUUCCGAACUCCAGAUAUUCAAUCAUUCGAGCUGGCCGAAAGGAAAAGUAGUGCAAAGGACGUGGAAGCGCUUUUUACGCCUGUCGCCUACACGGCAACCUCUUCCCCAACUGCUGGCUCCUCAGUAGCAAGCAAAGUUUUCGAACAUAAGAAAAAAUAUAACUCGCCCGUGUGGCCAGCCCAUCCGUUCAAGCACAGAAAACGCAGCAUCUACUUCGAAGCCGUGCAGCUGAAAAUUAAUGAUUCGAUUGAUAAAUAUGAAAAUCAAAAUUCUAUAAACGACUCCGAAUCCAAAGAGCAGCAACAUCCAAAGCAACGCAGAGGAGCAUAUCGUGAUACGUGGAUAGUAGACGAAGUGGUGCAUCAAAAAAUCAAUGAAAUGAUGACGAAGCCUAUAAAGCUGCUAACAGUGAAUGAUACAGCAGAAAUACAAUCUCAAUAAAGGAGAAAUUUAGAAAAAAAAAUUUAAAUAUAGAUUCAGAUACUUAGAAACAGAAAUUUUAGGUGUGAAUUAACAAAAAGCUUAGAACGCGUUCUUUUUAACGGACUUAAGAACUAUGCAAACUGUUUGACUUAUUUAUAGGCAAACCACGAACUCUACAAAAUAAGUGUGAAGCCGCGUCUGUCUUGUGCUGAUAUAACGUGAUAUAUUGUUCAGAUAAAAUAUUUUCAUAUAUAAAAUUCAGAAAAUGUACGAUGCACAUAGCCCAAAGAAACUCCCUAAAAGCUUCCCUGAACCUAUGCAACGUCAAAUUGGUGCAGCCAACUACUUGAGUGUCUGUGCCAGCAUCGUUUUUUGGUUCACAUAUUGCUUAGCAUAUGGCCUGAUCGUGCUAGCGGGCGUAACAGUAAUAUUUGGCGUGCUCAGUCCAGGCUUUGUCUGGUACUGGCUGAAUCACUGGCUGGAUCAAUAUCAUAUCGAGCGUCAAUUUAAGGACGAGCUAUAAACUA